GUCUUCUUUGAGAUCUCUAACCAAUAUCCAGAAAGAAAUAUGAGGGAAAUUGUGCAUCUCCAAGCCGGCCAAUGCGGCAACCAGAUCGGUGCUAAGUUUUGGGAGGUGAUUAGUGAUGAACACGGUAUUGACCCGACUGGUACAUACCACGGUGACAGUGACCUGCAGCUGGACAGGAUCAAUGUUUACUACAAUGAGGCUUCAGGUGGUAAAUAUGUGCCCCGUGCUGUGCUGGUUGAUCUUGAGCCAGGCACCAUGGACUCUGUAAGGUCUGGACCUUUUGGCCAGAUCUUCAGACCAGACAACUUUGUGUUUGGCCAGAGCGGGGCUGGCAACAACUGGGCAAAGGGUCACUACACAGAGGGUGCAGAGCUGGUGGACUCUGUCCUGGAUGUGGUGAGGAAGGAGGCAGAGAGCUGUGACUGCCUUCAGGGCUUCCAGCUCACACACUCCCUGGGUGGUGGUACAGGGUCUGGAAUGGGCACCCUGCUCAUCAGCAAGAUCCGUGAAGAGUACCCUGACCGCAUUAUGAACACCUUCAGCGUGGUGCCUUCCCCCAAAGUAUCAGACACUGUUGUUGAGCCCUACAACGCCACACUAUCAGUCCAUCAGCUUGUAGAAAACACAGAUGAGACCUUCUGCAUUGACAAUGAAGCCCUGUAUGACAUCUGUUUCCGCACACUCAAGCUCACAACUCCCUCUUACGGUGAUCUGAACCACUUGGUCUCUGCAACCAUGAGCGGUGUCACCACCUGCCUCAGGUUCCCUGGGCAGCUCAAUGCUGACCUGCGUAAGCUUGCUGUAAACAUGGUGCCAUUCCCCCGUCUGCACUUCUUCAUGCCAGGCUUCGCCCCCCUGACCAGCAGAGGCAGCCAGCAGUACAGAGCCCUUACUGUGCCCGAGCUCACCCAGCAAAUGUUUGAUGCCAAGAACAUGAUGGCUGCCUGCGACCCACGUCACGGCCGCUACCUGACAGUGGCUGCCAUCUUCCGUGGCCGCAUGUCAAUGAAGGAGGUUGACGAGCAGAUGCUGAACGUGCAGAACAAGAAUAGCAGCUACUUCGUUGAAUGGAUCCCCAACAACGUGAAGACCGCUGUCUGCGACAUUCCUCCCCGUGGCCUCAAGAUGUCAGCCACCUUCAUCGGCAACAGCACGGCCAUCCAGGAGCUGUUCAAGCGCAUCUCUGAGCAGUUCACAGCUAUGUUUAGGCGAAAGGCCUUCCUCCACUGGUACACCGGUGAGGGUAUGGAUGAAAUGGAGUUCACUGAGGCAGAGAGCAACAUGAAUGACUUGGUGUCAGAGUACCAGCAGUACCAAGAUGCCACUGCUGAGGAGGAGGGAGAGUUCGAGGAGGACGGGGAGGAAGAUCUGGCCUAAAUAUCACUUUCCAAAAAUCUUUUAAAUUAAUGUAAGAGAAAAAUGUAAGGUUGCAAGUCCUUUCAGCAUUCAGUGUUAUGUCUGCUUUUAAUGUUGGCUAUAACUGUAAUGUUCUUUCAGCUUUCACUGUUCUGCUGCUGUUAAUGUUGGCUUAAAAUGUAAUCUUCCAAAUUCUUUCAGUGUUCUGGCUGCUGUUCCGGUUAAUAAAGGUUAAACUGUAUACAAAGUC